AUGAACCCACUCAAACGACGUCAACAUGAUCAUGUUGUGAACAGCCCGAGCCCGCGAUCUCUUCCAAGACGAAUAACACUGCUAUGCUUUGCAUGCACGCUUCUGCUACUCGCCUGGGGCGUCUACAGGAGGGGCGCGUCCCCCAUCACCGCCCCAACAUUAGUGUUAGAGCACUCGGCCUUUUCUGGCCACCAACCGUCCAUUCUAUCCCCGAACGGUUUUGCUAUUGAACUCUCUCCAGAGAACCGCUGUCUCGGCGCCGAAGACGCAUGGGUGCCCGAAACGAAGGGUGUUUCUUCCAGUCGUAAACGGCGUGCGAGUGGUCGAGUAGACCUCAGGAAGGGCGUGCGCACGGUCUAUGUCGACACGGGUCUCCGCAAGGCGGGACUUGACGCCCGUCUGCAUGUGCGGGCAGGCUCAGGCGACCAUGCUAAAGUGGACGUCGUGGCUGAAUAUCAUAGACCCGAUGCGCUAGAGCCCAUUCGUGCUUGCGCUUACCAGGCGGACCUGUCAUCGGGGAUCCCCGGGCAAGCGCAGGAAAUGAUUGAUGUAUUUCGACUGCAGCGGGGACCUCGCAAAAGCGAUUACGAAGGGCCAGUGUCACUCAAUGUUACCCUGACGCUUCCGGACGAUGGUCCUGAAUAUCGCGUCAAGGUCGAUGCUGGAUACAUCGUAGACGUGGUUGUCAAUGGGGACGUUCUUCUCAGAUCUUUCCGCCUCUCAAACUCUGGCGCAUCAAUCAACGGAUAUCCUCCAGCAAGAGGUCGCCUCGAGAUGCGGGAAGGGUUCACCGCUCACGAGAUUGAAGUUGAAACGCCCGGCAUCCAAGGCUAUGCUCGCGCCGAUGGUCAUGUUCGGCUGCACACCACCUUCGAUACGCCGAUGGAUGUACAUGUCGACGCUGUACGUGCUACGGGCUAUAGCCCCGCGCCAGUCAUGCUGUCCAGCUUCAACGCCCCCUUGACUGCGACCGUGCGGCUAGUGGACCCCGAACCCACUCAUGCAGGGGUCUUCGACAUCAACGGACUGUCUAUGGGUGCUCCGCUUAACAUCACGGUGAUAGACGGCGACCCCUCCUCCGCAGUCACCAUUCGCGCCCGAGCUGAAGACGCCGAUGCUCGCGUCAGACUCGACAGAAACUAUGAGGGCGGCUUCAUGGCGAGGGUACUUGAACCAUCUAAGAACACGAGGGCGCACGUCUCAGCCAGACCUUGGGUGCCAAUCAACGGCUCCGUGGAAGAAGACGCAUCGACCAAGAAAGUGGUAACUUACACAGUACAACUGCCCCAUGAGCUUUCUGGGAGUAUGAUGUGGAAUACCAACCCGUGGGGCCUACCGCCGUACAGGGCUCAGCCCGAUACAAGUCACGUCAUCUCGCAGAGUCUCAGAGGAUCUGCAUAUAUUGAAUUCUAG